UGUUGUUACAAGUUAAUAGCCGACACAAUGGACAAGAAUGAUUGCGGUUCGGGAGCAUUGCGGCAACAGGAUAAUAGUGGCCACAGUGGCAUAGUUGUGGCACAUUGUAGAAUAAAAAGAGCGCGGUAUUGAGCUUAUCCUGACAGUCAACAGUCUUUUUCGACGACUCUCGCGUAAACCUCGCACACCAUGUCAACUACCCCAAUACCGACGAGAGGUUCUGGUGAUCUGUCCCAGAUGUAUGGCGAUGACUGGUCGGACAAAGAAGUCUUUUUGCAGGCUACUGGGCUUCACAAAAACUCUGACCCCAGUAAUCCUAGACACGUCCUCAUCUACUGGGUGAACGCCGCUCUUAGCGGUGGCAUUGAAGUCUGGGAUAUCACCCAGCUCGAGAUGCACGGGAAUUGGCACCAGUACCAUUACCCCAACGCGCUCAAAGUCAGCACAAAGGAACGCUCGCGCAACCACACAAUAUCCUUGGGAAUAUUCACAUCGGAGCAGCGCGAGCACCUGCUUGAGCUCGCAGCGGAUGUAGAAUAUGAUCAAGUCACCACCGAAAGUCGCGUCUGGAUGCGUGACCUCCUUGCGAAGAUGGUGGAAGAAAGGCUCAUCUCUCAUCAUCUAUUUAACACCAUCCGAGGGGAUGUGCCUCUUCCUUCUGCAUGAAAAGGAUGCACUGAUGGCAUGGUUGGAUUGUUCAUGGCAAUAUCAUUCUACCACAAUAUUAAUACUUUGUGAACCCUACUACUAGUACAUGAUUUGUAUUGUACUGCUUAGUUCUCUUAAUAUGUGUAUGCUUCUGAUGCAUGCAUGCAUUUUAUGUAUCAUUUAUUUAUACAAACUUGAAAGCCUAGUACAAAAUCCUGAUCUCCUGUCCUUCGUUAAUGCUGAGACUGUUGUCAA